AUGGCGUCGACGCGGCUCGUUUCCGUCGUCCCCCGGCGGGCCCUGGGCGCUCCCGCUCCCGCGUCGCUGGCGUCGUCCGCCCGCGCCGCCGCGCGGCGGUCGCUGAGCGCCCCCGCGGCCCGCGCCGCCGCGCCGGGGUCGCGCCUCGCGGCCCUGCGCGAGACGCUCCAGGAUGAGGAGCGGCGGGCCGUCAAGGCCGCCGCGACGACGAGGGGCGGCAAGCUCGCCAAGCUCCCGAAGCCCCGGUGGCUCAAGGCCCAGCCCGCCGAGGGCGAUAACUACGAGCGGCUCCGGGGCACGGUCCGGUCGCUCGGCCUCGCUACGGUCUGCGAGGAGGCGCGGUGCCCGAACAUCGGCGAGUGCUGGGGCGGCAAGUCGGCGCGCAAGGAGGACGGCUCGAAGCCCGACGAGGACGACCACACGGCGACGGCGACGAUCAUGAUCAUGGGCGACACGUGCACGCGGGGCUGCCGCUUCUGCUCCGUGAAGACGAGCCGGACGCCCCGGGCCCUCAACCCCGAGGAACCGAAGAACACGGGCCGGGCCGUCGCCGAGUGGGGUUUGGACUACGUCGUCAUCACGUCCGUGGACCGCGACGACGUCCACGACCACGGCUCGGGCCACAUCGCCGAGACGGUCAAGGAGUUGAAACUGGCCAACGAGAAUUUACUCGUGGAGGUGCUGAGCCCGGACUUUGGGGGCGACCUGGCCCGCGUCGAGACCGUGGCCCACAGCGGCCUCAACGUCUUCGCGCACAACAUCGAGACCGUCGAGCGGCUCACGCCCUUGGUGCGGGACCGCCGCGCGGGCUACCGGCAGACGCUGGACGUGCUGCGCCACGCCAAGGCGUCCGCCGGCGUCCUCACGAAGACGUCGAUCAUGCUCGGCUUCGGCGAGGCCGACGACGAGAUCCGCGCGACGCUCGCGGACCUGCGCGCCGCGGGCGUCGACGUCGUCACCUUCGGCCAGUACCUCCAGCCGACGAAGCGCCACCUCAAGGUCAAGGAGUACGUGACGCCGGAGAAGUUCGACGCCUGGAAGGACGAGGCCGACGCCAUGGGCUUCCUCUACGUCGCGUCGGGGCCCCUCGUGCGCUCGUCGUACCGCGCGGGCGAGCUCUACGUGAAGAACCUCUUGCAGGGCCGCAAGCCCGGCGCGAAGCUGAAAAAGGCGGACGCGGCCGCGGAGCCGCCCGCGGGCCGCGGCGUCACCGUGACGCGCGUCGCCGCGAAGCCGCCCGCGCCGCGCCGCGCCGAGGCCGCGGGCUGA